GUUCUGCCUCGAAGAAGUUAUGUAGAUAGGGAGCGACAUUGCUCCCGAUUCCUGACAUAUUUAAACGAUCGUCUGGCUCGUAGUUUUAACUUAAUUUUAAAACGUUAAUGACAACGAAAUCUACGCUUAGUUUCACCGAGCGGCUUCGCGGAGGCAUAGCACAGCACAGCCCGUGGAAGCUACAGUAUUUGCUCACUCGCAUGCUACGAUAAAUAGCAACGUGACAUUAUGCUGUGGACACAGAUGCAGUGGUGAUGUUUAGAGCAGAAUCCAGGUCUUUGAGAGCAGUCUACAGCGAGUAAUUUAAGGUGAUAUUCGGAGUUCGGAGUCACAUUAGCUCGUUGAGUGUGAAGAACACAGUGUGGAUUUCUUAGAAUUGGGAAGAAUGUCUCCUUGAGAAGAGAUUCCGUUUCUUAAAAAUUGCAUGAGGCAUAUUCAUAAACAGGCUGCUUUGACUAUUAAAUAUUUGAUGAAAGAUCUUCCUUUUCGUAUCAGCGGAAUCCCGUGCCGCUUAAUAUAUGUAUUCUAGAUAAUGUAAAACUGUGUUUUUUCGAUUGCAAAACAUCAGAGAUCAGUCCAGCGCGGGGAAAAGGAGGGUAAAAAAAACAAGAGAUCCGGGUUGAAAAUGUAAGAGGAUUUGAUUUUGCAGCCACUGAAAAGAGAUUAAGUCGACAGCAGUGGAAGUUAAAUUGUGCUGCAUAUAAAAAAUGGGCGGAUUGGUCUUUAGAUGAGAGAUUGGUACCACCUUCCAUUCUAAAAGAAAAUCGCCCUGGCAUGAAGUCACAGCCUAUUUCACAUCCGGUUUACCCAGGGACAUAUUACUAUUGUCUUGGUAAAGAACGGCUUUAUUUGGCCGCGAUCUCUGAAUUUAGAGUAGAUUUUGUAGUUAGAUUACCAAUUUGCGGGGACUGGGAAGAGUCUAACUCCCCACACGAAGGAAUAGCGCGCGAGACCUGCGCAGGCUCAGCAUCGUCAGCAGCCGCUUCUCGAGCCUCUAGCUAAAAUUCGGCAGAUCAGAGAUCUAUGAGGAUUUUUUCGCAACGUAUCCGUCUAGAAAAAAGGUAUCCGUAAAAAGUUGAAGGAUACGACACAGUUGAAUAUCACUGGCAUAUCGAUAUAAAUUUCCCUCAGUGAAAAACAAUGUUGGGACGAACGGGAUCAGCAGUGCUGUGUAUAUGGGCCUGCGUGUCGGUGGGAAACGUCUACGGUGGAAAAAGCUCCAAUCAGAACAGCGUCUCUGACGAGCAGAAGGACAACACCACAGUGUUCACCAGAAUCCUGGACAGCUUGCUGGACGGCUAUGACAAUCGUCUCAGGCCUGGCCUUGGAGAGCGUGUAACCGAAGUCAAGACUGACAUUUUCGUGACGAGCAUUGGACCCGUCUCGGACCACGACAUGGAGUACACCAUAGACGUCUUCUUCCGACAAAGCUGGAAGGACGAAAGGUUAAAGUUCAAAGGGCCAAUGGCGGUGCUGCGCCUGAACAACCUGAUGGCCAGUAAGAUCUGGACCCCGGACACGUUCUUCCACAACGGGAAGAAGUCGGUGGCGCACAACAUGACCAUGCCCAACAAGCUGCUCCGCAUCACGGAGGAAGGGACCCUGCUGUACACUAUGAGGUUGACGGUCAGGGCAGAGUGCCCUAUGCAUCUGGAGGACUUCCCCAUGGAUGCCCACGCCUGCCCGCUGAAGUUUGGCAGCUACGCCUACACGCGUGCAGAGGUGGUGUACGUCUGGACGAGGGGGGCGGCACAGUCUGUGGUCGUGGCCGAAGACGGGUCGCGGCUCAACCAGUACGACUUGAUGGGACAGACGGUGGACUCCGGCGUGGUCCAGUCCAGCACAGGAGAGUACGUUGUCAUGACAACGCACUUCCACUUGAAGAGGAAGAUCGGCUACUUCGUCAUCCAGACGUACCUGCCCUGCAUAAUGACGGUGAUUCUGUCGCAGGUGUCGUUCUGGCUCAACAGGGAGUCCGUCCCCGCCAGGACUGUGUUCGGAGUGACCACCGUCCUCACCAUGACGACCCUCAGUAUCAGCGCUAGGAACUCCCUCCCGAAGGUGGCCUACGCCACGGCCAUGGACUGGUUCAUCGCCGUCUGCUACGCCUUCGUGUUCUCCGCCCUCAUUGAGUUCGCCACGGUCAACUACUUCACCAAGAGGGGCUACGCCUGGGACGGCAAAAGCGUGGUGCCCGAAAAGCAAAAGAAGAAGAAAGAGUCCAUGCUGAAGAAGAACAACACGUACACCGCAGCCACGGCGACCGCUUUCGCCCCGAACAUCGCCAGGGACCCUGGCCUGGCGACCAUCGCCAAGAGCGCCCCCCCGCCCCCCACCGAGCCGAAAGAGGAGCCCAAGCCAAAACCGCCGGAGGCGAAGAAGACCUUCAACAGCGUGAGCAAGAUCGACCGGAUCGCCAGAAUAGCUUUUCCCCUGCUGUUCGGAACCUUCAACCUGGUCUACUGGGCAACCUACCUGAACAAAAAGCCCAAGAUUCAGGGCAUGCUUCAACCACACUAAUCUCAAUUUUAGCUUUUUUUUUUUUCUCUCUCUCUUUGUCCAAAUGUUCUGUUUGAGGAAAAAAAAGAAAAAAAAAAGAAAAAAAGGUGUCUGAAGUGGUCCAGUUCCCAGUUGCUACAUUGCUUCUGUGUCACACGAAAAUAUUAUACCUUCAAGAUUUAAAAAAAAAAAAGAAAAAAACAUCUCUUAGUAUCUGGGCAAUGUGGUAAAAAAUUAAUGGAAACCGUUUGGGGGGGGAUUGUGCUACUCUAUUAAAAAAAUAUGCUACAGUAAAGUAUACGCAAGAGAAUGCUAUUCUACAAAUGCACAUAGCCUAUUGUUCAAGAUCUAUUUUUUUUAUUUAUUUUUGUUUUCUAAUAUUUUGUUGUGCAUUACACCAUCAAUACGUAAAAACACAGUUAUAUGGAAAAAUGUAAUAUUUGCAUGGGCUGGUUUUAUUUAUCUCUUUUUUUAAGGACCAGUCAGCAUCUGAUGAAUGGCCAGUGGGUUUUUUUUCUUCGUCUUUUUAGUCACAAAAUGCUACCUUGAAUGAAAGUCAGAUAUUCUUCCAUACCUUGUAGUCGAUCUUUUGGGUUUACGAUUUCUAGUUUUGUUUUUUUUUUUCUUUUUUUUUAACGUCAAGAUAGGGUUUCAGCAAUAGCAAUAAAAACAUGUCUCAGUGGAAACAAUUUAAUUCCAUUCAUGGAUUUAAAAAAAGAGAAAAAUAUCCUUUGAUUAUUACAUGCUACAUUAAGCAUACUAUUUAUUUAGUUUUAUUGUAAAUAAAAUCAAGUGUUAGAGAUGUCAAUAUUAAGUUUAAGCUUUGCAAAAUGUAACUGUAAGAUAUAAAUAAUCAAAACAAGGGAAAGAAAAAGUUUUUUUUUUUUGAAGAUACGUGUAUGAAACAUUGAAAAUAAUUGGUGUAAAGAGAGUGUUUAUUGGUUCACUUUUACCCGACUGUUUAUUAACUAAGUUAGUGUUCCAUUAAAUGCUGGUUUAAUUUGCCAGUCAAUAUUGCAGAUAUAUAAAUAAAAUAUAUCCAAACUUAUAUAUCUGUGUGUAUGUACACACUUUAAAAAAAUGUGUUUUAAGAAUGGGAUAGUCAUGAGUAAGAAUGUAACUGUAACCUAAAUGUUGGAAUGCGUUUUAUAUUUAGAACUGAGUCACUCUUCUUCUUUUGUUUCGGUUCCUAGUUUUUCUGGGAUAGACACUUGUUAAAUUUCUCUAUGGCCUGGAGGACUCCUGGUAGGUUGUUUCGGUCGAGCUCUGCCAAAAGCAAAGGGAACAGGGCAAACGCAAUUGAGAGCGAAGAGCAGUGCCUUUCUAGUUUUCAGGGUUGACUGAUCGUGUGAAAGGCUGUUCCCACCACUUCUUGAGAUUUCAACCCCAAACUUAUUCUCUCCGUCUCCUUUUCCUGGGGACUUCUCUGUGCUUCUCUCGUUUAUUUGCCCUUCACCUUUCAGACCACGUGCUCAGAAAGUACCAGCUACACUGCCUUCUAUCUCAAAUGCCCUUGGAAGAUAAAGACAGUUUUUUGUUUGUUUGUUUUCCUUUUCCUAAUACGCUUAUAGCUGCUUGUCGAGAGAGAGAGUGAGAGAGAGACAGACAG